UCGUGAUACCAUGUCUACAUAAGGCCACUCAUAUCGCCCAGCGAGGCAGCAUCAAGAUGGACGAUCCGCCAGUAGUACCCAUCCUCCUGCUCGGAGACUCUGGAGUCGGCAAAUCGACAUUCCUAUCUCGCCUGUCGGUCGGUCACAAGUCUACAGCUCCCCUCCCACGGAUGCGGGAUCUCGAACAGCCCUUUGUAUUCAACAUAUCCAUGUACAACCGGCCGUACCGCUUCGAAUUCUACGACACCGCCUCAUCGGAGAAUUACACACUGCUGAAACCCGCCGUGAUCAUACUCUGCUACUCCAUCGCGGACCCUGCGUCGCUCGUCAAUAUACGGGAAAAGUGGAUGAAUCUCGUCGACACGAAUUACAAUGUCGAUGAGCAGCUGCCAAUCAUUAUCCUUGGUCUGCAACGAGAUGUUCGCAGCGAAGAAGACUACUCAGGCCGAGUUCGUCAGCAAGCUACUACUUCUGGUGAGAGCGAAGACGAUGAUGUGGUCUUGAACGGGAGGACGUUUGUCUACCCGCAGGAAGGCUUGAGAGCGGCGCAGGAGAUGCGUUGUGAUCGGUAUUGUGAGUGUUCAGCGUUGACAGGCGAGUUGUGUCGAGAAGUCAUCGAGGACAUUUCCAAAACUGCUGCGAAGACUACGACCGAGAAGGGUGGGAGGUCGGAAGGGAACUGUUCGAUUAUGUGAAGAAGCAGACGAUGACGGGCAGACUUGUGCGCGAGCCUUCAGAAUGGCCUCUUUAUUGCUCUUCGAAUCUGAACGGUUGAGGUUCAGCACGUUACGCACGGUAGACGUCCUCGAGAACUCGAUGCGAGAGUCACGAGGCUUGUCCUCCAGCCCUGCGACACUACAAACUUCCGACAGCGGUACUUUCGCAAAGCGAACAGAUGCAGAGUGAAAAGUGAGGCUCAUGUAUUUACCGACAGAGAACCCGUUGCGGAAAGGUGGUUGCUGGAGGUCCGUGAACAGCACGUAACAAGGGGUACAGGUACAUUAAUCAGAGACGAUGAAGCAGGAGAAAGAUAUCGUCGCGAAAAGGAACAUUGGUCUUCGUAACAAAAAAGUGGACUGCGAACAUUCGGUCUCGUAUCGACCCGAUCAAGGGCGAUCGAAGCUUCUCUAUCGAGUCCAUCAUUCGCGCCACCUCAUC